UGGGGGGAGGGUGCUGUCUUGGAGGGUCCCUGGGACGGUGGAGUCAGUCCUGGGGCCGGUCCCGGGCCAGAGAGCAGCCCCGCACAGGGGUGGAGGGAAGCCCAAGGGCUGGCUCCUGAGGCCUGGAGGCCUAGGGGAGAUGGGUCAGGUAGCCCUGGGGCCCACUCAAGCCUGGGGUGACCUGGGGCACAGAGGAGCCCUUUGAGGAGCCUGGGCCCCGGGAAGAUGGGGAGUUUGUGGGGGAUCUGUGCCUCCAAGUACUGAGUUCCCCCAGGACAUGGAGAAGGAGCGGGAGACUCUGCAAGCCUGGAAGGAGCGAGUGGGGCAGGAGCUGGACCAAGUGGUGGCUUUCUGGAUGGAGCACUCCCAUGACCAGGAGCAUGGGUGUGGAUGUACUGUCGCCUGUAUCGCAAGCUUGAGCGCUUCCGCCACCCUGAGCUUCUGGAUUCAGCUAAAGCUGGUGGCGAAUUUUUGCUGCGUUAUGCCCGGGUGGCACCUCCUGGGAAGAAGUGUGCCUUUGUGCUGACAAGGGACGGCCGCCCUGUCAAGGUGCAGCGGACCAUCUUCAGCGAGUGUUUCUACACCAUGGCCAUGAACGAGCUGUGGCGGGUGACAGGGGAAGUGCGUUACCAGAGCGAAGCGGUGGAGAUGAUGGACCAGAUUGUGCACUGGGUGCGGGAGGACCCGUCGGGUCUGGGCCGGCCCCAGCUCCCGGGGGCCCCAGCCUCGGAGUCCAUGGCGGUGCCCAUGAUGCUGCUCAGCCUAGUGGAGCAGCUCGGGGAGGCAGAUGAAGAGCUGGCGGGCAACUACGCAGAGCUGGGGGACUGGUGUGCCCAGAGGGUCCUGCAGCAUGUCCAGAGGGAUGGGCGGGCUGUGCUGGAGAAUGUGUCAGAGGAUGGCAAGGAACUUUCUGGUUGUCUGGGGAGACACCAGAACCCAGGCCACGCGCUGGAAGCUGGCUGGUUCUUGCUCCGUCACGCCACUCGGAAAGGUGACCCAGAACUUCGAGCCCACGUUAUCGACAAGUUCCUAUUGUUGCCUUUCCACUCUGGAUGGGACCCUGACCACGGAGGCCUCUUCUACUUCCAGGAUGCCGAUGGCCUUUGCCCCACCCAGCUGGAGUGGGCCAUGAAGCUCUGGUGGCCGCACAGUGAAGCCAUGAUUGCCUUCCUCAUGGGCUACAGUGACAGUGGGGACCCAGCCUUGCUACAUCUCUUCUAUCUGGUGGCCGAGUAUACCUUCCGCCAGUUUCGUGAUCCCGAGUUCGGGGAAUGGUUUGGCUAUCUGAGCCGUGAGGGGAAGGUCGCCCUCACCAUCAAGGGGGGUCCUUUCAAAGGCUGCUUCCACGUGCCACGAUGCCUCGCCAUGUGCGAGGAGAUGCUGGGCGCCCUGCUGAGCCGCCUUGCCUCAGCCCCGGCCCCCGGCGCCCCGUCCCCGCCCGCUGUCCCCGACCGCAAAGGCGCGGAAUAAAGCUGAGCCGACUCCACUGCC